CGUCUGUCAUCAAAUUAAAUUCGGACAAUUCAGGGCACUUUCACACAAAAACAAACACAAUUGUUGAUUAGCAACUGCUCGACACCCUUGGAAGGGCACUUGGAGAGGAAAACACGAACAGUGCCGCACUGGAGUUGUAUCAAAAUUGUGCAAAUAAGUUGAAUUGAACCGACGGUUCCCGGAGAGUCCCGCCAACUCCCAAUCCCACUCCCACUAGCCACUGCGAACCGUCCGGUUUGGAUUUGUUGAACUUUCGUUAACGAGUAGCGUACUGAGAUAUUUGUCAGAUCCUGUCGGCACACAACUGCUUGAACAAACUCCUGACCGGUCGAAUAGAGUCAAAUGUAAAAGUGUGGAAAACAUUCUGAGCGUUACCAGUUCCGCAUACGAUGUCAAACGGUGGCGAUCGCAACUCCUUCAACGAACUCGAGCGGGAGGUGGGCGGAGCGGAGUCGCCGCCUCCCGCCGAGCUUCCGCGUCCGCCCCCCCACUCCCGUCGCCUGGCUACGGAUCAGGAAGUGGUAUCAGCAGCGUUAACGCCCCCAGCCGCCGGCAGUCGCAGUCGUACGCUGGACACGCGCCUCAACCCCAACGCUCCGAUUUUUGUGCCAACGUUCAAGGUCGAUCUCAUGGCCGGCAAGCUCUACAAUGACUUGGCCCCCUACACCCGGUGGAGUACUGCCUCGUCCGAGGACCUCUCUUACGGACCCCGCUUCGAAUCGAUUUGGCGCGAAAGCAGCCUGAUGCAUCAGGACAUGGUGAUGGGUGAUGAGGAGGAGGAGAUCCUGCAGCUGCUGGAGGAGGACGAGCAACAGGCCAUGAAUGUCGGGGCCGAGUCCUACGAUCCCAAGCAAAGGAGAAUAACCCUAACGCAGACGAACAUCCUGGAUGUGGUGGGGGGUCUGCCACCGCAGCUGCCAGAGUCACAGCAACAGCUGGAUCUACUGGCGGAGGAGCGGAGCGGGGAGGGCCGUGCCUCCAGAUCUGGCGGAGGAUGCUGCGCCGCCUGCCUGCUCAUGUAGCAGACUAAAAUACAUUUAUUCAUUCAAUUACCAUUCACACUUAAAUACAGACUUGCUAAAAUGUUACAUUA